UCUGUCAGCCUCCACAGAAUAAAUCUCCAUGGUAACUAGUUUGCCCCUGCCUUCAUGAAACCUGGUCCAGGCUAACCUGAUCCAUGGAGGAUAACUGUGAAACCCGGCUACAUUCACACGGACAGGUGCCGUGGUGGCGAGCUAACGGAAGUGACUGUAACGUUAACAGGUUGAUUUGUUUACCGAUGUUCCUCUCCGUCAGGCCCCGAGGACACCGGGAGCAGAGCUGUACGGUCAUGUUACCGGGCAGGUUGACGGUCACGUCUCGGAACCGGUGCAGAGUUUCCCUCUCAAAGCCACAGAUCUCGAUGAAGCUGCGCUCCAACACCGCCGUCGCCAUCUUCUCCUCUUCCUCAUGCAGCUGUGACGUCAGCGGGACGGAGAGGCCGCGCGCUCACCCUUCAAAUAUUUAAAGAGACAAGGCAUUAUGUGUCAGCGUGCUGACUCAACACGCUGCCACAUAAAGCAGCGAGCGGCGCUCAGGUGUAUAAAAGCCCUGCACUCACACAUGUGGGAAAGCAGUCCACCGCAGUCAACCAGAGCAGCACUACAACGAAACGCCAAUAUGUCCGCUACCGACAUGAACAUGAUGAGCAAGGUGGUGUUCUACGAGGACAGGAACUUCCAGGGUCGUUCCCACGAGUGCAGCAGCGACUGUGCCGACAUGUCUUCCUACCUGAGCAGGUGUCACUCCUGCAGGGUGGAGAGAGGCUGCUUCAUGGUCUACGACCGCACCAACUUCAUGGGCAACCAGUACUUCCUGAGGAGGGGCGAGUACUCCGACUACCAGAGCAUGAUGGGAAUGAACGACUGCAUCAGGUCCUGCCGUAUGAUCCCCAUGUACCGUGGCUCGUACAGGAUGAAGAUCUACGAGAGGGAGAACUUUGGAGGCAUGAUGCACGAGCUGAUGGACGACUGCGACAACACCAUGGAUCGUUACCGCAUGUCCAACUGCAUGUCCUGUAACGUGAUGGACGGACACUGGCUGAUGUACGAGCAGGCCAACUACAGAGGCAGGAUGAUGUACAUGAGGCCUGGAGAGUACAGGAACUUCACGAACAUGGGCAUGAGCAACAUGAGGUUCAUGAGCAUGAGGCGCAUCAAUGACUCAUACUAUUAG